CCCCUCAUGAGGUCAUGGUAAAGCUUCGUUGACAGCUCAGCUUGACACAAUAAAAAAGCUCAGAAAAUAAUUCGUCGACCUUGCAUACAAAUUACAUUUAGUAGCUGGAUGCUUCCGCUAAGAAAUAUUUGUCGUCGGGGAUCUAGUCAAGUUUUUCUCAAACUUUCAAUUACAACACCGAGCGUUUCCAGUCUCAGUCCAAGAUCCACACGAUUGAUAUCUUCUCCGAAGCAAGCAAAUUGCAACAUGUCUCUACACUCUGCCGCCUGCUGCUCCGUGCCGCCUGUUGUUAGCAAAGACUAUGCACAAAAGGGCAAGUACGAGACCGUCGACGGCCUGAAGACGUACGUUACUGGCCCAUCCGACGCAAAGAAGGCCAUCCUCGUCAUUUUCGACAUCUUCGGCUUCUUCCCGCAGACUAUUCAGGGAGCGGAUAUCUUAGCAUAUGGGGACAAAGAGAAUCAACGUCAAGUCUUCAUGCCUGACUGGUUUGAGGGCAGCCCGGCUGACAUCUCCUGGUACCCACCAGACACCAAGGAGAAGGGCGAAAAGCUUGGAGCAUUCUUCAAAAAUGAAGCUGCUCCCCCAAAGACAUUGGCGAGGAUUCCCAAAGUAAUCGAGAGCCUCAAAGGGUUAACAAGUGCAACUGAGUGGGGAAUUGUAGGCUACUGCUGGGGAGGCAAGAUUGUGAAUUUGGCCAGUCAAGAAGGCACUUUGUUCAAGGCUGCAGCCGCGUGUCACCCAGCUAUGACUGAUCCAGCCGACGCCCCGAAGGUGGCCAUUCCAAUUGCAGUUCUUCCGAGCAUGGACGAGGACAAAGACGCGGUAGGAAAGUAUGAAGCAGCUCUCAAAGUUCCGCAUAUCGUCGAAUGGUUCCCCACUCAAGUCCAUGGUUGGAUGGCUGCACGAUCGAAUCUUGAAGACGCCGAAGUCAAGAAGGAGUACGAGCGUGGAUACAAGACGCUGCUCGACUUUUUCCACCAGUAUUUGUAGGUGAUGUGACAACAGAAACAAUGGUCGAAAACACAAAGAAUACGCGAAGCCGAGAUGGCUCAAGCAACAUAUCCUUGUUUCUACCGAAAGUUUUUGUUAAAGCUUUUACUCUCAUUUGAGACGGUUCGAUCUUUACCAUAACAUCUGAGAAACACUUGCGGAUAUGUUGCGUACAGAUAGCACACUCAAAUUUUUGAUCAAUGGAGUUUUACUUCCGCCUCAAAACACGGCACGUUUAAUGUCUGUGCAUGGCAUUUCAUUCCGCGGUCUUUGAAGGCUCCUGUUGC